AGAGAAUACAGAAGGAAUUUAUUUUAGUUGCUUAUUAUUAAUUUAUUUUUCAGUUCGUCUCUGCACAAUCUCUAUGUUGUCUUUGUGCUGUCAUUUUGCUAAAAAAGAAAAUAAUAAUAUAAAAUCCUGAAAUACACAUUUUUUUAACUGAACGCACAAACACACAACACAAAACACUUCCAUGGCCAAACCCAAAGCACCAAGACGCACUCUCGACUCCUACUCUGUCAAGCACAUCAGCAAAACCAUUAAAGCUGGCGACUGCGUGUUGAUGCGGCCGUCUGAUCCAUCAAAGCCAUCCUACGUGGCAAGGAUCGAGCGGAUCGAGUCCGACGGUCGUGGUGCUAACGUAAGAGUCCACGUGCGCUGGUACUACCGGCCGGAGGAAUCGAUCGGCGGCCGGCGGCAAUUUCACGGCUCGAAAGAGGUAUUUCUAUCUGAUCAUUAUGAUAUACAAAGCGCUGAUACGAUCGAAGGAAAGUGUACGGUUCAUAGUUUUAAAAAUUACACCAGACUUGAAGCUGUUGGAAACGAUGACUUCUUCUGUCGUUUUGAGUAUAAUUCCUCUACUGGCGCUUUUAAUCCCGAUAGAGUCGCCGUGUAUUGUAAAUGUGAGAUGCCUUACAAUCCUGAUGAUUUAAUGGUUCAAUGUGAAGGCUGCACUGACUGGUUUCAUCCUACUUGUAUAGAAAUGACUGCAGAGGAAGCGAAAAGGCUUGACCAUUUCUUCUGCGAGAAUUGUUCAUCUGAAGGUCAAAAGAAGCUGCAGAAUUCCCAUACUACUUCCAGACAACCAGAGACGAAGAUCUCCGUGAUAAUAUCACUUUAAGCUAAAUCUCAAGCUGCAUUCACAGUGGCAUAUCAGAUUCUGUAGUCACCAGGCUCCCUGUCUCUCUCUCACUCCCUUUGCCUAUAUACAUCCUUGCCCUAAAACUUCUCAGCUGACUCCUUUUUCUCGCAUCAGUCCAGGUUUUUCUUCGUUUGAAUUUCUUGUUGUAUAUGCUCAAUUUUUGGCAGAUAGUGGGUUUUGAUUAUCUGGCUUUCUUUAAAAAAAUCUUAAGGCUAGACACGAAGGAAAAAUAAAUUAAUAAUUAAUUAUUUUAUUGCAAUAAGCUAUAAGAUAUUAUUUUUAAUGCUAUUUGACCAAUUUGAUAAAAAUUGCUCAGUAAGUUAAAAUGAUAGUUUAAAAUUGCAAAAACAUGGAAACAUUUGGAUUCUUUUUUCUUCAUUUCACUUAUGAUUUAAACUCCUCACCUUUUGAAUUACCUCACUGGCCAAUGGACUUCUCUUCUACUUUGGCUAAUAUGAGUUCACCUGGUACUAGCAGCUUUAUUGGGGAAUUUCUCAUCUCAGUAGGAGCUUUCCAAAAAAAUAGCGUAGUAGCCACAUUAGCAGCGCUUGAGAUGAUUUUUCUUGGGCUUUGUAAAUGUUCAACUUUUUCCAACCACACUUGCAUGCACUAUAAAUAUUGGCAAAGUAUGUUUAAGGCGAUUAUUGAAAUGAUGGAGUGCAUUUGCUUUCUAUUGCUUAGCUAAAGCCUGCAGUGUAGUUUGCUAAAAGUUUAUGUAGCAUACCUUGAUGUUAACAAUGAAGAAGCAUCAAUGGUCUUAUUUGCAUAGAUAAAGAUAGAUUGAUUCAAACACUAUAUGUCGAGGUCACAUUUCCUGGAAUUUGAAAAAAGUUUUGAAGAUAUUCUUUUAUUUGAUUAAGAUUACUUACAACAAGAAUAUCAAAAUAUAAAAGGAAGUCGUAUACAGCAGAUAGCUAUCAUCUUCUUAAAAGAAAAGGGAAACAAAACAAGAAAAGAAGAAAAUAUCAACAA